UCCCUCGUCUCUCCCUAUCUUCCCCCUCUACUACCCGUUUCUCAUCUCCUCCUUGUCUGUUACGUUCCUCUUGCGUUCUCACCGUCUUUGUAGCAAAGUCGCGACGACUAUCAACGUGCAACUGCGAGAGUAGUACCGCUGCUACGGCGCGCGUUAAUGACAAAAAGCUGGUGGUAGUUCACGGAACGUAGCAACAACAGCAACAGCGGUAACAAUUCCGAUAAGUAAUCUCGGGCUCGCGGGUUUGACGCGACCGCGAUGCCCGUGCCGCAUCGCCACGCUCUCGACGUGAAAAAGUGCAUCGGACGGUGCUCGGGCUUGACGGAAGAGGCUAUCAGUAGCGGUAGCGCUACGUUAUCACGUAGGAAAGUUGGAGGCACAGAAGUACGACGGCUCAUCGCCAGAUAUUAAAUUUGGGAAAGACGUAAUAACAUACCAAAAUGAAAAUCGAUCGCAGCAGACUGAAAAAAUGCACUUCCGAAGUGCCCGCAGAAUGUCAAGCACUUAUAAGCAAAUUACGCUCCUGCUCGCAUGCGGAGCUGCUGGAAGAAUUAAAGCAGAUAGAUGCGUGGACGUUUGGAAAAUGUGAAUUAUUUCAUUGGAUCGAUGUCUUAGAUCUCAGUGACAGUAUUUUAGAAGAAGCUGCGGCAAGGAGUCCGGAUAAUCCAUGGGAAUUAGCAUGUGAUCUUCCUCAAAAUAGAGAGGCAAAAGAGCUGCUUCUCUGGGUUCUUCACUUCACGACGUUGUUAAUUGAACAUUCGUUCUCACGGCAUUUGUACAACAGCAUGGAACACUUGGUUACUUUAUUAUCGAGUUGUGAUUUGCACGUAGUCCUUGGUGUAUUAAAUCUUCUGUACAUGUUUAGUAAACGCAGUAAUUUUAUUACACGUCUAAAUAGUGACAAGCGACAAGCUCUGCUUAGCAGGCUUAAUCAUCUAGCAGAGAGUUGGGGAGGAAAAGAAAAUGGUUUUGGUUUAGCGGAUUGCUGCAAAGAAUUCCCAGAGAAGCCAUUUCCAGCAAGUGCUACAACGUUACACUUUGAAUUUUAUGCAGAAAAUCCGACUGUAUCAGAAUCAUCUGGUACAUCACUCUCUAGUACAAAGAAAGUUGGUCAAACGAAUCUUGUAACAUAUAUACAUAUAGAAAAUGUUGAUAAACUUGGAAAAACCCCAGCACAGAUCAUGAAUGAUCUGUUAAAAGUUUAUAAUGUACCCCAAGAACGACAGAUGGCUCUAUUGACACAUAUAAGGCUAGCGCAUAGUUUCUCGGAUUACCGAAGACGGUUGCAGUGCGUGCAAGCUCGACUUCAAGCGCUAUCUGUGCUUGUGUAUAGCAACGCGCUGCAGGAAAAUGCGCAUAGUCUUCUCCACGCCGGGCUUUUGGAAGAAUUGGUCGAAUUAUUGGAACUUCCACACACCCAUCUGGUCGAUAUUCGAGCAGCAGCAUUGCGUACUCUAACGAGCAUUAUACAUUUAGAUCGUAAUCCACAUUUUCCCAAAAAACCAGGUUCGCGAUUGAACAUGAUUAUCGAUGUGACUGGGGCUAAUUCAUAUCACGGAUUCCUUCCUGUUUUGGUUCGUACUUGUAUCACGACAUUAACCCUGCCGCAACCGGACGGACAACCUUCCUUUCCAUUAGCACUUGCGACAGCCUUGUUUAGCUUUCUCUACCAUCUUGCAAGCUAUGAGGCAGGUGGAGAAGCUCUUGUUAGUUGUGGCAUGAUGGAAAGUCUUCUAAAAGUGAUAAAUUGGCCAGGAAGCGAGUUAGAUCAUAUAACGUUUGUAACAAGGGCAGUACGUGUCAUCGACUUGAUAACUAACAUAGAUAUGCAAGGUUUCCAAACUCACAGUGGUCUAGCAAGUUUCAUCAAUCGUUUGGACAUGGAAGUUAACGUGUGUAGAAAAGAACAGCCAUUCGAAAUAGAACCACAACUAUAUCAAGACGCUCCGCAAACAUCUCGCGAAAGAUCGGUGGAUAGAGAGGAGGGAUCUUCUGCUUCACGCCGUGAGCACGAGACUUUUGACGAACGGGAAGAAUCUUGUAAUCCAAUGGAAAUAGCAGAAGACGAAAAUACAAGUUCUAAGGUGGACGAAAAGAGCGAACAGUUGCCAGAUUAUUCCGCCGCUAAGACUGGCAAAACGUGCUUACCACAACGAGCAGCACUUCUCAAGUCGAUGUUGAACUUCCUGAAGAAGGCGAUUCAGGACCCGGCAUUCUCCGAUAGCAUACGACACGUAAUGGAGGGUACAUUACCAUCCUCUUUGAAACACAUAAUAAGUAAUUCAGAGUACUAUGGUCCUUCGCUAUUUCUGCUUGCCACCGAUGUCGUGACUGUGUACGUUUUCCAAGAACCAUCGCUACUGUCGUCCUUGCAAGAUAACGGCUUGACCGACGUUGUACUCCAUGCUCUACUCAUAAAAGAAGUUCCUGCCACUAGAGAAGUAUUGGGCUCUUUACCUAAUGUGUUCAGUGCAUUGUGUUUAAAUCAACGCGGUCUUGAAUCAUUUGUCAAGCGACGGCCGUUCGAGCGCUUAUUCAAAGUACUUCUUUCACCUGUCUACCUCUCGGCAAUGCGACGACGACGAAGUGCUGAUCCAUUGGGCGAUACAGCUUCGAAUUUAGGCAACGCCAUGGACGAGCUGAUGAGGCACCAACCAAGCUUAAAAGUUGACGCUAUCGCGGCUAUUAUUAAGUUACUGCAAGAUUUAUGCGUAUUGGGCUGUGAUCCGCGAUACAUAUGCUGGCGUGCCGCUAGUAAAUCUGAAAAUUCGCCGUCAAAUGCCGCUUCUGGAAAUCGUCAGUCAUCCGGUCAGUCAGUUGGCGUUGGAGUCGGUGAUUCUGGUGGCGGUGGAGGCGGAGGUGGCGGAAGCAGUAGCGACGAAGAGGAAGAAGACGAGGAGGAAGCGAGCACAAGUUCGCAUCCUCAACGAGAAGAGCAACCUACUUUGUCGCCUGCGCAGCCCGGGCCACCGCCGCAACCAAGGGAGAAAACCCCCAUUGCUUUAGUCGAAUAUAUUCACAACGUUAUGAAAUUUGUGGAUGCCAUACUGAGCAACAACUCGACCGAUGAUCACUGUAGAGAAUUCGUCGCUCAAAAGGGACUUGUUUCGCUGCUUUCUAUUCUGGGUUUGCCCAAUUUGCCCGUUGACUAUCCUGUCGCGCAAGCGGCUCAAUCCGUAGCAUCGGUAUGCAAGAGUAUCUUGAAUCUUGCACACGAACCGUUGGUACUGAAAACAGGAUUGUCGCAACUACACGAAGUGCUAAAUUUGCUGAAGCCGCUGCACAGUCACAUGGACUCGCCCGGUGGUUCUGUUUUGCUGCACGAGCUCGCCUCGGCGCCAAAUCUCGAAACGGCGUUUACGAGCGACACCGCGACACCACUGUUACACGCCAUGAACGCGGCUCACGGAUAUGUAGUAAUGUUUGUUCACGUUUGUCGUACUAGUCAGAGCGAUAUUCGAAAUCUGUCUAUGAACCAUUGGGGUUCCGAGUUGGGCUUGACCGUUCUCAAAGGUUUAUCCGAGCUGUACAUGUCUCUCGUCUGGGAAAGUACGCUAUUGCUCGCGUUGUGUAGCGAAGAUAUUAUUCCAGCCGGAUGUGAAUUCGGCAAAGAAGACAUGGAUAAGUUGAUGCCGCCCGAGCUGAAAACCGAGGGUGAGUCUUCCUCCGCCUGGUCCGCCGCUGCGUCCUCGGAUAUGGGGAGCAACGGAAUGACCACGGCCAUGGAAGCGCUGAGCACAGACCCGCCACCGGUGCCGAUGGAGGUGGAUGACAAGCCGAACGUGAGCACCGACAGACCGAACAGCUAUCAAUUAAAAUACAUCAAACCACUGCUGGGUGCGUCUUCCCGUCUUGGCAGAGCGCUCUCGGAACUAUUCGGACUACUGGUCAAGCUUUGCAUGGGCUCACCCGUAAGACAACGUAGAGGGCAACAAAUGCCUCUAACGCCCACGCUGCCGUCGCAGGCGGCAAGAAGUGUCGCCACCGCUUUAAAUUGUUUACUGACGCGCGGCUUGUCGUGGGACAAAUUACCCCCGUCGCCGAUUCCCAAGUUUAAGCUCACCUUUCUGAUAUGUUCCGUGGGCUUCACUUCUCCGAUGCUUUUCGACGAGAAGCGGCAUCCUUAUCAUCUAAUGCUCCAAAAGUUUGUUAAGCUCAACGGUCAAAAUGCCUUCUUUUCCACGUUCCACUGGGCACUGUCGGGCGGCGGUCAGUUCACGCUGGCCGAAGGCCUCGAGCAUCCGAAUCUACCGGACGGUACUGGCGAAUUUCUCGACGCCUGGCUCAUGCUGCUCGAGAAGAUGGUCAAUCCGAAAGCCAUCCUGGAUUCGCCUCACGUAGUCUCGUCAAAAUGUACAGGAAUAUAUAAAGUGUGCGAGACAUUCGACCCGAUCAAAUAUCUCACCGAUAUACACAAGAAGGCCUUCGAGGCGGUGAUGCUGAUGUGGGGCAAGAAGCCGCUUAAAAACUACGGCGCUCGCAUGACGGAAUCGAUUCUAUCAAUUCUCCGGCACAUUCUACGCGGCGAGAAGAUCAUCAAGGAGCGCACCGAGAAGGAGGAGAGCGGGGACGGCGCGACGGCCAGCAGCAGCGGCGCGAGCGGUGUCGGCAGCAGAGGCGCCGGCGCCGGCGCUAGCGGGGUCGCGUCCGACCGCAGGGACGAACCGGAGGCGGACGUGAAUCCGGAAUAUCUCAGACAACUAAUGGACAUGGGUUUCAGUCGCGCGCAUUGCAUAGAAGCGUUGCUGCACACGCUUACCGUGGAGCAGGCGACGGAUUAUCUUCUGACGAAUCCCGCGACUCUGCGCAGACCCGACACUCCCGUGAGCGACGCCAGCGGACAGGGCCUGAUCAUGGAUCUGGAUUUGGACGACGAUCAAAUAAUGCACGCCAUCGCGAUGUCGCUCGGCGACACUGAGACGCGCAAGAUUUCGGGCACCGAGGAGGCCACCGCCGCCCGUGGCGAGACCACGAUCACCGAGAGCAUAGACGAGUUCACGCAGACCGCGCUGGGUCAGUGUCUGAAUCUGUUGGAUCUCAUGCCGGACACCGUUUAUAGAAUCUGCGAUCUGUUGGUGACGAUCACGAAGCGGAACGGCGACGAGUGGCGGGACGAUACGUUACGGCAACUGAUACGCGAGGUCGGGCGCCUGGUGGACUAUCUGAUUGGCAUCGCUGAGAGCCAGGACGAGAAUGCUGGCUCGCGAUUGGUGGAGUGCGAGGAGGCGAACAAGCUCGCCGGUCGCCUCUACCUGUACACUCUUUUCUUCGAGGGCUCGUUCCAGGAGAUGCGAGUGCCUUGCGCUCAGAUAGUGGAGGAGUGCGCGAUAUUGGACAAAUUGGUUCGUCUGCUGGUGGUGAGCGAGGCUCCGCUCACCGCCAACAAGAACAAAAUCGCCAAGGACAGCAAGGACGGCGGUUCGCCUAGCGUGAAGACGCCAAAAUGGUUGGCGCCGUUGCUGUUGCUUAUUGAUCGUUUGGAGAAAGUGGCCACUCUCACCAAGCGAAAGCAACUGAUGCACAAAGUCACGACCAGAGCGUGGAAGUGGUUCGACUUGAGCACAGGCAAAUGGACCCUCUAUUCGCCUAUGAACAAUAGAAUCAUCAACGACGCGUAUUGGGCCGGCGAGUCAAGUGUGCGAAUAUCUUGCAGUAGACGCCGUUAUCUCAUUACCUUCUCUUGCAUGACCCAAGUGAACGAAGACAGCGAUAACAGACGGCCCAUCACGAUGGGCUUCAAACUAAAUACAGACAAGGAAGACGGUGGCUCGGGAUCCGACUCGAACAUGGAUACCGAUGAGAGUCCGGUGGAGGACAAACGAAACACGGUGGUGCAAGGCUUGGAUCCUAGCAUAGCACCGAGUAUCGUACGCGCGUGUGUAAAGCUGUUGGCGAUUCCAGUCGAUCGGGACGCGUUACACGCUGUGCUGAAAGUUUGUUUACGGCUAACGAGAGAUUACAAAAAUGCGGAAGUUUUUGCACGCGAGGGUGGUGUUAAAUUGCUUCUCGAAAUGACACAAAUGUGCAGUUUCACCGGCUGCAUCAACUUGUGCACGUUGCUAAUACGACACACUCUGGAAGAGCCGCGUACACUUCGUCUCGCCAUGGAGAAGGUUAUUCGAGCGCGCACACAAAGCAAUAUACCUCCGGCGUAUAAAGAGAUUCUUUUCAUGACGCGGCAAAUUAGCAGUGCCGUUUGCCGCAAUCCGGAAGUAUACAGAGAAGUCUGCGAGAAUAUCCUCAGAGUCGACAUAAGUUGCCUGAAAAAAGAUGACGUUGAUAAUAGGCUAGUCGUGAAAGCUUUGCCUCCUAGUCACUCACCCGCAUUACCGAUGGUGGAAGAAGUGUCCGUAGGUGUUAUCCGUGAUCUGUUGAACGCGUUGAUCAAACCAAUGCCGGUGUCAUCGGAUGACGGAUCUGCAACCCCCACGAGUCCCGAGAAGAAGACGUCGCACGCGACAACCUCAGCGAUGGGCAAUGCUUCGUCAUCGACGUCGUCGUCACGGCGAGGCGACGUGCUCAGAAACAACGCGACAACCACGAACGAUCCCUUGGACGAUGACGAUCAAGUUUCGCAAAUCAUUCCUCUGAAGAUUUACACCGACAUCGGUAACAGCAGCAAGGUGGAGCCGGAAGAAGCGAAGAAACCAAUCCUGACGAAGUCUGCGAUACUGAAAAUAUUGGCCGAGGCUGUGAGAUCAUACGGCGCUGUCGCUAGUCUCAUCACCGAGCACACGUACAGAGCUGGACAAAGCGAGAUGAUUUCCGAAGACACAACAGCUUUAGCUUUCUUACUUGACAAACUGUUGCCAAUGUCGCCGGAAAAUUCGGGCGAUCGAACAUGCAGCAGUAUGGCAAGGAUGUUGAUCGCUGCUAUUGCUUCGUGCAAUCACUCGCCAGACGUGCAGACGACUCUGGUAACCGAGGUAAAGGCAGCUUUGACGAGAACGCUCGCGCUUCCGGAAAGUUCCGAGAAGCAUGCGCAGUUACAGCUGUUAAUCGGGCUGAUCUCCACGAUGAUCGACAGCUGUCCACCCAAUAUGUCGCACACUCAACUCAGGGCUUCUCUGAGAGCUCACCAAUACAACAACGUCAAUUACAUCGUUAGAAUAAUGCUGAGAAAGGGCAUAAUCACCGAUUUGGCGAAAAUUCCGCACAGCCUCGACUUGUCAAGUCCGAAUAUGGCCGGCACUAUUAACGCCGCCUUGAAACCAUUAGAGACGUUGUCGCGCAUCAUUAAUCAGCCGAUGCCGGGCGCAGUCAGCAACAAGUUCACGAAGCCAAAAAAUAGGACGGUCCAGGAGGAGCCGAUUGGAGAACAGACAGGCACUACGACUUCGGAAGCUACGCAUGCUGUCGGCGAAGAAGCUAACGAGGAUGCGGAGAAUACGGAACAUGACAUUUCAGUGACGGCGGAAAGCUUGGAGCCGACUUCGGAGAGUCAAGUACACGAGGAAGGUGACGAGGCCGCUCUUGAAGAUAUCAUGGACCAGCUUCUGGAAAGUGUACUGUUUUCCAGGGACGUCUCGGCCGUGGCGGAAGAACCAUCUUCCCGCCCGCACAGGCCAAUGGACAUUGACGACGAAAGUCUCGCGAUGCGCGAUGCGGAAGGCGAUUUUGAUCCGACUCGAGAUACCACAGUAAGAGAGGACCUGAUGAGUUCCGAUUCGGACUCUGAUAGCAACACGUCCGAUGAUAAUGAGGACGAGGUGCAAGACGACGAGGACGAGGAGGAGGAAGAGGAGGAUGACGGUGAGGAAAAUGAGGAGGAGGAGGAGGAGGAAGAGGAAGGAUCGUCCAAUUACGAGGAGGAUGGAAUAGAAUUUUACGAAGACGCCGGCGACGGCGGUGUUUUCCGCAUGUUCCCGACUUCCGAGCGCGAUGGCGGAAAUGUUGUGAUGAUACAGCACAACAUUGAAAAUCAAGAUAUCGUCGCGAAUACAUCGACGCCGAUUAAUACGCGACCUAGUCUUCCGUGGAACACCACCACAUUUCCACUACCGUUGGGCCUGUUUGAAGAGCCCCCUGCAGGUUCGGAGAACAAUGGUAUCAGCACUCAUCCAUUAUUAAUAUCGCAAGGAAGUUUGGACACCGCGAAUACUAGAACCCAACGUGCUUUACGUCAAAGGCGAUACCAGUAUCUCCAUUUAUCUAAUCCACGUAGUUCAAAUCCGCCUGUGAUUUUACAGCGACUCUUAGGCCCGGCCGCACAGACUCUUCCCUUGUCUGCUAGUCAAGUGUUAGCGUCAAGCUUUAGAGACACACGCGUUGUCGUGAUGGAUAACGGGUUGGGAAUAUUCACUAAUCAAGAGGAAGAACAAAUCGAUUAUGUCGAUCAAUCUGGAUAUCUCUUCGGACCAAGCCUUGCUGCAACUUUGAAUAAUAUUCCUACCGCGUUACACUGGUGGAUCGAAGAGAGCAAGCAGUUAGACGGAGACUCUCAACCCGACUGUUGCGUUGGUGUGGUUCACAAGCUGAUACCUGGAUUGGAAAAGCACAGAAACGCCGAGCUUGCCGAGCGCAAGGAGAAGCGUAAGAAACAACAUGGUUCUGAGAAGGAAAAUGAAAAGGAUAAUAAAGAAGAAAAGGAGCGUUCGAAUAACGCAGAAUCCGGAUCGUCGAGUUUGACGCAUAUAGAUGAACAGAGACCAUCCGCAUCUACCUCACAAAGAACUGAUGUUACUUCACUUGUGGCCGGAGAAGAGACCGCUGCGGAAACCACGAGACAGGAGCGCACGCCGGAGGAAGACAUAAUCGAUGUAACAGGUGAAAUGGAAGUGACGGUACAAGAGGACGAGGAGCGGCCGCCACCGCCACCGCCGGAAGAGCAGUCAACGUCCGACAGUCGAGAUCCUCGCACGGCAAAUCGAAAUUCCACGCUGGAGCUGGCGGAAAGUAUCGUCGACUCUGUGCUGGGACCGUGUACAUCCGAAGCGACUAUCAGAUUAAGUCUUCACGUGUCUAAUGACGCUGCGCCCACACAUCUUGCUCCAACGGGGCAACCCGGGCGAAGCGGUGCAGAAGCGACAAAUGUCGCUGAAUCGUCUAAUCGCACCGCUGCUGCGCCGAUAGUCGUGGACUUCGGUCAAGAAACUAACGAGGACUUGUCGAGAGAGAGUAGCGAUUCGGCCGACUGGAUUCGCAGGCUCUUGACGGACGACAGUCAAUGUCGAACGAGCGACAUCGACUUGCGGCGUGUCGAACGAAAUGCCAACAUUGUUAAUCAGGACCCAACGUCUUCGACGUCUGAAACUAGCACCACCGUGGGGACUUCGGAGCAAUCGUCGCAACAAUCGUCGCAACAGCAGCCGCAACAGCAGUCCAGCAGUCAGGAGCAGCAAUUGCCGGACGGCGUGGAUCCGUCGUUCUUAGCUGCCUUGCCCGAGGACAUGCGCGACGAAGUUAUCGCGGAGCAGCUCAGGCUUCAGCGUAUGAGGCAGCGCGCGCAAGCUUCUGUAGUCGAGGAACUCAGCGGACCGGUUGAGGUGAAUCCUGAAUUCCUGGCCGCUCUACCACCGGCGAUACAGGAGGAAGUCUUGGCGCAGCAACGCAUGGAGCAGCAAAGACACGCUGCCGCCUCGGCGAAUCCAGAGGAUCCGGUCGACGCUGCCGCAUUCUUCCAAAAUCUGCAGCCUUCUCUACGACAAGCGAUCCUGACCGAUAUGGAGGAGUCUCAAAUAUCCGUCCUUCCACCGGAUUUAGCUCAAGAAGCUCAAAACUUGAGGAGGGAGUGGGAAGCACGUAAUCGACAUAUGAUGCAGGAAAGAUUCCUUAAUCACGUUAGUCAGAGUAAUACAGCUCUCUCGAGCAUAUUGAGGAAUUCUGGCAGAGCUCGUGGCGGUGGCACUAGAUAUGCUAUUCACGCGGUACCGCAGAGAUCCCAAUGGAACGCCUGGAACAGUCGCGGUGACACGAACAUGGCACAUCAAAGUGCUGGCUUAAGAUUAAGAGGCCGCCAGUUACUCGAUCACGAAUCGAUGGCAUGUCUGCUAGUGUUAUUAUUUGUCGAUGAGCCAAAAAUUAACACGCUGAGGCUACACAGGGUGAUCAGAAAUCUCUGUUAUCACGGUAGCACAAGGGAAUGGGUGGUGAAAGCAUUGUUGAGCAUCAUGGAAAGAAGCAAUGAUGAGAACAAAGAUAUCAUGGCAGAUUUCGGUGGCAAAUUCAAGAGGAAAGGCUUAUUAAAUCCUCCCAUGGAUUUAUGCUCUCCAAAGAUUUUUGACCAAAGAAACAACAUACAAUCGUGGCUAAAUAUUAGCAUCGAUGCUGCACUCGGCUGUAGAGCUAAUGUAUUCCAUAUAAUACGCCAUGCUGGUAAGAAAUCUGAGAGGCAGGGUAACAUUAUCGCAAUUCAUCCGCAAGCAGCACCCACCGUUUGCAGACAUACUUUAGAGCUGCUGAUAUCGCUAGCUAAGAGUUUCCCUGGAUAUUUCGUGCCAAUCAAGUCUAAAGAAUCAGACGAUAAGGACAGUAAUAAAGAGAAGGACGUGAGCGGCAGUAAGGAGGAAGGCGGAGCGAAGAACAAGUCGGCGUCCAAGGUGGGAAGGAGCGAUCUCCCGGAUUUCUGGGAUCUGCUUCUGAAACUGGACUCGUGCGCAUCCAAGAAAGGAAAAUCUGUUGCGCGGACUCACUCGAAUACGAAUCUGGGAAGCGAGCCGGAGCACGGCACAACGACGUUCGAAGCUUCCGCAUUCGGGCAACUCAUCUCGAUGCUCAAUUGGUCCGUGAUCAAGCGAAGCAGUCAGUUGACGGAUAAGCUGCUACGGCUUCUGUCUCUGAUUUCCAUCGGCCUGACAGAAAUGAAUCCUUAUCGGCGGCAGGAAAGCAGUGUAAAGAACAAAAAGUUGGAACUCAAUAAGGAUCAAAGUGUCGCCGCACCGGAAGGGCAUCUUAAGCUCGCCGUGCAAGUGCUGACUAGCAAGAGCUGUUCCGAGGAGGGACUCGAGGAUGCAACAGCAUUGCUACUCAAUUUAUCUCACUGUCCUGAUCCUACUAGGCAACUGAUAUUAAAAUUACUUUUGGAGGGUGCGAUGGAGCUAGCGAAUAUGGUGUGCGAACAUAUCAACGAUUUGAUGAUGGAACUCAAAGUACUGAAUCGUGAAUUAAGACGAAGAAAUUCCUUAGAAGACCAGCCAUCGACUAGCGGUGGAAAUGGCCGAGGAAUUCUGCUAGACAGGUUUACGAACGAAAACGUAGUUGUUACCGCACCGAGCAAAGUUAAGGCCGGAAGUGACCUUCAAUUACCAUCGAUGGCUGCUCUUGUCAGUAAAACAUCUAGUCAGGCGUUUUUCUUGAGAAUACUUAAAGUUAUCGUACAAAUAAGAGAAGCUGUACGCUUAGCGAACACCAAGAAAGCAGUUAACCAAACGUCAGAGACAGCCAUGGAUACAGGCACAACAAGUAAUGCAUCAGAGACAGCCACCGAAAAUGCGGACGCUGAUGUUCCUAUGGACACGACGCAAGCAAAUACUUCAAAUCUUGAUAAUUCAAAGACGACCUCUACUCGCAAUGACGAGGAGAAAACUACACUUCCACUGCUGAGUGAGAGCUUAGUAUUAGAUAAUUUAUGGGAAACUCUUAGCGCUUGUUUGCUCGAAUUGGAGUAUACUCCUGAUCAUCAUGCCGUCCUUGUUUUGCAGCCUGCUGUAGAAGCAUUUUUCUUGGUACACUCCUCGUCAAGUACGUCCCGCGAUCGAGAGAGUCGUCUCAACACGAAUACCGAAAAUCGAGAAGUACCAGACCUGGCGCCAGUCUCUCCGAUAUAUCCAGACAACGACGGCCAAUCGGAAGUCGCCGUUGGUACCUGGGAACCGCAGAAAACAUUGCCACCGGAUCAAUUAAAGUUCCUUAAAUUUGCCGAAACGCAUAGGACUGUACUCAAUCAGAUACUACGACAAACGACUACGCACUUAGCGGACGGGCCAUUCUCUGUACUGGUGGAUCACACAAGGGUGUUAGAUUUCGAUGUAAAGAGACGUUACUUUAGAACGGAAUUGGAGCGAAUGGACGAGGGUAUACGUAGGGAGGAACUGGCGGUCCAUGUUCGUAGAAGUCACGUUUUCGAAGACUCGUUCAGGGAACUUCAUCGAAGAAAUGCCGACGAAUGGAAGAAUCGCUUCUACAUAGUUUUCGAGGGCGAAGAAGGGCAAGACGCCGGUGGUUUGCUGAGAGAAUGGUACGUCAUCAUCUCGAGGGAAAUCUUCAACCCGAUGUACGCCCUGUUCACAGUCAGCCCUGGCGAUCGUGUGACAUACAUGAUCAAUUCAUCGUCGCAUUGUAAUCCCAAUCAUUUGUGUUAUUAUAAAUUCGUAGGUCGAGUAAUCGCUAAGGCUAUUUACGAUAACAAGUUGUUAGAAUGCUACUUCACGCGUAGUUUUUACAAACAUAUACUCGGCAUACUUGUAAAGCAUACGGACAUGGAAAGCGAGGAUUAUAGUUUUUACAAGGGACUCGUUUAUCUUACGGAGCACAACAUCUCUGAUUUGGGAUACGAGUUAACGUUCUCCACGGAGGUGAAUGAAUUUGGCGUCAAUGAUGUGCGAGAUUUAAUACCAAAUGGACGUAAUAUAGUAGUUACGGAAGAAAGCAAACUCGAUUAUAUUAGGCUUGUAUGUCAAAUGAAGAUGACUGGAGCAAUUCGUAAACAAUUAAAUGCAUUCUUGGAAGGCUUUUAUGAUAUUAUACCUAAACGACUGAUCUCCAUAUUUAACGAACAAGAGCUUGAACUAUUGAUCAGCGGUUUGCCUAAUGUAGACAUCGAGGAUCUUAGAGCGAAUACAGAAUAUCACAAAUACACUGCUACAUCUUUACAGAUUCAAUGGUUCUGGCGUGCAUUGCGAGGUUUCGAUCAAGCAGAUCGUGCGAAAUUCUUACAAUUCGUUACCGGUACGUCGAAAGUACCCCUACAAGGUUUUGCUGCGUUAGAAGGCAUGAACGGCGUACAAAAGUUUCAAAUUCACAGAGAGGAUAGAUCAACAGAUAGGCUUCCAUCUGCCCACACUUGUUUCAAUCAAUUGGAUUUGCCAGUAUACGAAACAUAUGAUAAACUGCGUACAAAUCUACUGAAAGCGAUUCAUGAAUGCAGUGAAGGAUUCGGAUUUGCAUAAGCUUACUAAAACGCUUACCUGCUGCAAUGUCGUACAGUGCAUAUGUAGCAGUUUAUCGUACAUGUGUUGUCCUGCCUGCCUGUAAACGGAGUAAACGCUGCGAUAAUUCGGUCCUGUACAAUUAUAUGCGUUCAUGCGUCCAAUCGGUGACUUUUCUGGCGACACGCUUGGUCUUCACUCAAGAUCUAACGGAAAAACACGUUUAUCUCGAUAUAUACAUAUAGACACACGAAUAUGUAUAUACGUAUAACUAAUUAUCAUGUAAUUACGUGAAGAUAACUGUCAAUAUCCGAAGGGUUUAUUUUGUCGAGAAGGAUCUUGGAGGAAGAUGCUGAGCUUAACGAUAAUUCCCAACAAGGAAUGAUAAGGAGAGAUUAGUUCAGUUUUAUGGGUAAGAUAAGGAUAAGAUUCACACAUAACUGUAAUAGUUAGGUACCUUAGUUUGUCAUAAGAAGUAAUAUAGGAUGGAAAGAAAUGUAAUAUACAGCACUUUGAAGCCAGCGAUGUGUUUGAACUGGUUCGAUAGUUCGGAUAGAAAUACAACGGUCGUAACGGUAGCCUGGUUCUUGACCAGAUGAAAAAGCAGCAAAAGUAUAAGUGGACGAGUGCCUGUGCGAAUGAACGAGACAUAGUAAGAAAGUGUUGUGAGAGCGCGAAUGAGCGUGCGAAAGAAAAAGAAAGAGAGAGAGAGAGAGAGAAAGAAAGAAAGAAGCCUAAUUAAAAAAUUUCACAAUACGCUGUCCUUCCCUAAAAAAUGUAUGGUUGUACACUAUUAGUAUUAAUUAUAAUUAAUUCUUAACAGUAAUGAUCAUUAAAUAUCAUUUUAAUAUUAAUCGAAAUGUGAUGUUAAACAAGUGUAAUUUCUUUUUCUUGAGAUCUAACGAAAUAAAGUUUACAGUUGAACAAAUAUUACUUUAUAAACACAUCGAACGGGACAAUAUUGGCGAAAACACCGUACAGGCACCGUUAUGGUUAAUAAUUAUUGAGCUCCUUACGAAAUUGUUAGGGAAUUAUUGAUUAGGAAUCGCAGAAUAAAGUGAAUGUUGUAUUUCUUAUAUAUAUAUAAAAAAAAAAGCAGUUGCAUUCUUUUGUUAUUGCACAGAGUCCUUAAUUACUAACUUUUGAAUUUUCCUGAGUAGACGAAUAUAUCAAUAACGCUGCGUAAUAUUACAGUUUUUAGUCUGCCUACCAAGGUAGUUUAAUUUUUAUGUAUUACCGAAUAAAUUAUUGUUCGAUUAA